AUGGAGUCCAAGGAGGCGCUCACCUGGGCGGGGCUGGCUGUAUCCGGUGCCCACCUGGCCUCUGCCGGGCCGCCCGGGAUCCCUGCCUUCCACCAGGCCUUUGUGCGCUCACCCCGUGGAGCACAAAGGCCCCACCGCUGCCAGCCUGCCCCUCCCCCACUCUUCCCGGGGUCCCACCUGGAAGCGCCCGGCAGAGCCCGCCCCACCGGUGUAAAGUCGGGCAUCUGGGCAGCAAACAUCUGGCCUCGGAGCUGUCCUCCGCGCCUUGGCUGCCCCAGGUAUGCAGAGGGCUCUAGGUCAAAGCGGGCGUUUUUGCGGGUAGAGACACCGCGGCGGCUGGGCCUGCUGGAGAGGCAGAUUUUCAGGUGGCCCGGACAGGUGAAGGCGGAGAAGAGUGUCUGUGCAGCUGGGGAAGCAUCCCGAAAACAUUACACACAGUGGACCACGCUUUGCCCUCAGAGUGACUGCUCUGUCCCGGAAGGAGAGGUCAACGACCCCUGAGGACGCAAAGCGUUUCUUAGUUUGUUCUGUGCAGUCACAUUGCUUCCAGACCCAGAACAUUCAGCUCUUGAAGUCUGCACAGGAGAAUUGAUAGAAUCUGCUCCUUUCGAUGGAAUCUGUGACUCUUUGGGAAGGAUGUGCAUGGAGAAGGGUCUGAUGAGGCUCCUGAUCCAGGCGGUCCAUGUGUGUUCAGUGUGUUCUGACCCUAGGCACCUCUGUCUAUUGCUCAGUCUUGCGUACAUAGUCCAUAGCUUGGCAUCAGCACAAACUGAUGCUUAGUGAGCACAAUUAAGAAAUCAAACUGUGGAAAAUUAAGGACAGUAACAAAAGUAUCAUCAACAAAAAUCAAGGAUCAUUUUCCUUUUUGAAACAAGAAAAGCGCAUCAUAGAAACAAAGAUUCUGUACAAUAUUCUAACAUUAUAUGUACAUAAAAUUAUAUUACUAAUAAC